AUGACCACCUGCAGUUCCACUCAGAAGAUGAACAUGAACAUGAACAUCCACAGUUCCAGUGAGAUGAACAUGAACAUGAGCAAGACCAUCUACAGUUCCAGUGAGAAGAUGAACACGAGAAAAAGAAGGAACAAGAGGAAGAACAAGGCCACCCCCGUCCCUCUGGAUCAGUGGACCAACAAAUAUGCAAACGCGGUGCCUGCAGAUCUGUAUGAUCUGGAUGAUGAUGAUGAUUUUGGCAACUUUAACAUCAAUGAACAAAAUCUGAUGCGCCAAGCCGUCAAAGUUGCAGAAGUCGCAGAAGUCGCAGAAGUCGCAGCCCGCCGGCAAGAGGCUCAGGAGAGAUAUAGACAACUCCAAUUGGAGCCUACAAUGGACGCCUCAGAUUGGGAGUCGGAUGGGGAGGAUCGUGAGUCAGUCCAUGACAAACACUCUCCUCCAAGUCAGCAGGGACAAAAAGAAGACAUGGUCCCAAUUUCUCCAGCAGGCCUGUCAUUCAGAUCCUUGAGUCUGAAUUUCAGAGACUUGCAGGUGUAGCGAUUUCAAAUUCAAAAUAAAUGUUGAAAAUUAAUCAAAUUAAAUUGUGACAUUUAUGCACUUGUGAAAGGGGCACCACCCACCUUUCUGGUGGGAAAAAGGACGAAACAAAGUUCAAUUGAGUAAUUAAACGUUGGAUCAGUCUCAAACAGAUUUAAAUCAGUCUCUCAUCUGAGGCUGGAAUUCUUCAUUCAGGGACUACUUUCUGAAAGACCACUAAGACGACAACUUAAAAUUAAAUGGACAAUUUAUUAACAAGCUAUAUAAUAACAAAACGUCAAUAAAUGAUGAUCAAAUAAUGAGAAAAUCAAAGCACAUCUAAUGAAUAAACGAAGGAAUGGUUUAAAUUAAACCUACGAUUGGAGGUUAAUGAUAGUAAGUGAAUAAGGGAAAAUUUAACCUACGUUAACGGAGUUACGAGGGUAAAUUUGGAGAACUAAACUAUAACUUAUAAGAGUAAGCUACUGAACGGUUGACGGCAUCACCCAGUUCUCAUCACAGCAGUUUUGAGGAUUUAGCCUACUUUGGAUGUCGGUUCUCAGCGGCACCCUUGGAAUGGAUCAGCUGAAGUUCUGUGGCUACCGGACCGGAUACUGAAGGUUCGGCGGGGAGUUCUUCCGCCGUGUCUGGAUCUCAGCUUCAGGACCGUGUCAGCGCCGUUAGAUACUUCGGAUCUCUGGGCCUCUCGGAACCAGGUGGCAAAGCAGCUCGGCAGAUGAUGCUGGUCGGCGUUCAGGACUAGCUUGGUUGCAGAUUAAUUCGCGCCAAUAACUUAAGAAAAUAAUUUCGCUGGCCAGCCGAUAUUAUCUUCAGGAGUCACCUUAGCGAACAAAAAUAAAUAAAAAGACUUAGACUGAGGUUCUCUUAUGCGCGCAGCUUGUUACUGAGGCUUUAAAUAACUUGGGCAUGUUUCAUCCAAGUUUCAAAGAAAAAUCUGAGUUUAAGGCAAUUAAUAAAAACGCGGGGAAAAUUGCGAACUAUAGACGGAGACAAAGAAAACUACGAAGAAGACAAACUAGACUAAAACAAAACAAGACUAAAGACAAGACAAGACUGAAGAGGCGGCAAAAUCUCAACUCUUUUAAGCGAUUCACCGUAGGCGUGAACCAAAGAUGAGAAAAGGGGGGGACCUCCCCAAUGCAGCCCAUCGACUGGCAGCGAAUUAACUCAACUUGAUAGUAAAAGCGAGCUAGAUCUAAUUUACUCACUCACUAUGAUUAAACUGUUUGUAACAUCACAUACGAUCACAUUUACUUCAUUGUUUCUUAUGAGCAGAUGCAUUAAAGCAUGACAUUGAAACCAGUAAACUUUUGAUCAGCUGCCUUCUUGAUAAUACAGAGGAUAAACGACUUUUAAAAGUUAGAGAGGGACAGAAAACAAAUUAUCUAUUCGAAUAGAAACACCAUCCAGCAUAAGAAACACAUCCGUAAUAAUAUUUGACAACACUAUAACCUUGUCAACCAAGCUUCAUAAAUGAUUAAUAUAUAUAUUUGUGUGAGGUAGACAAAAGCAUAGUAUGGAUACAUUCAGAAACUCUUAACUUGAGUCUAAACGAGUUUCACGUUACUACUUCUAAACUACUAGCCUAUCUUGGGAAUACCGUUUACUAAGCUACGAAGCGUAUAAAACAAAAGGGAAGAAAUACACAUGAUUAGAUUCCUGCCAUUUGGCUCUGAUCAAACCAUAUUCAGGCAUCACCACUAGGAGGAGCUCUUGGUCCAUUGAAAACCUGGAAUAAAUUUGUGAAGUUAACAGUUUGACUUGUGGAUAUGUUACAGAAUCGGGAAAAAGACCAUUUCAUUAAGAAUGUGGUGUACAGACAGAAAAUUCUGGUGAAAUGUCCAUUAAACAUGAAGUUAAACCAUUUUCAGGCAUCCUCUUCCUUCUGCUUUCUGUAAAGAAAGCCAAGGAAUUUUAUGGCAGGUAUCUGGUUUUUCGGAUUUGGCGCCAAAUGGUUUGUUUUCCCUUUUAGGUCAUUGGGUAAAUCCUGAAGUGUCAAUUCUGAUCUUUCCCAGCCAGGGUGAGAGGCUCCGUGUUUAUGGGUCUGUGUGGUUGAUAAGCAACUUGUCCUUUUUGGGAAGCGUUAAAGAUUCACUAUCACCUCCCAAAUGGUUUCCUGGGUCGUAAAUGGGAACUUGGUGUGCAAACCGUUUCUCCCCCAUUUCCUAUCCAAACCAGGGGAUUCAAUGUGGAUAGCAGAAAGCAGUUUUCUUGUUACACAGGAGAGGAGAAGGAAGCAGUCCGACUCAAGGGUGAAAUGGCUGCCUUAUCUCAGGAGGUGAACCUGUUAAAAGAGCAGCUCAGACAACAGGAAGAGAAAGCCACCUCUGAAAAGACACGCCUGCUCACUGAAGUGUCAGGUAAGCGAGAGGAAGCAGGAAAGGCAGUCCUUGAAAUCGAAAAACUUAAGGAGGACUGUGAAACUGAAAUGAGGAAGCGGAGGGAGACAGAGGAGUGCCUGGCCCAGCAAGCAGAGCUGACCUCCAGACUGCAGGCUUAUAUGGACAAGGCCGUCACUGAGGUGAAGAACCAAUGGUGUCAAGACAGAUCCCAGCUCCUGGGGGACAUCAUGCAUCUUCGUGCUGCACUUUACCAUGCACAAGUGACACAGGAGAACCAGAGGCUUCUGUGGGCUGAGCAGCAGGCCAAGGUGACAGAAGACAACUGUCACACCACAGAGCCAAACCAGGUCCAAGAAGAAACUGCCACCGAGAACCCUGAGAGGGAGGAGGACAAGACUUCUCUCCUGGAUGAGAUGAAAGAAGAGCUGUCCACUGUCAAGGCUGAGCUGAAACAGACUCAAGAAGACCUGCAGACCAAGACCUGCCAGUGGGAGGAGGAGAGAUCCUGGGCUCUAUUUUCGUUCGCGCCGGUGAGGCGGUGGAGGGCGGCGAGCCCCGCGCAGUUGUAUUUUCGUCCGGCGGAGCCCGGCGUAAGGCCAGUUUGGUAUUUUCGUGGACUGAGUCGCACGGAGGCGAGCCGAGAUCCGCCAAGCUGGGCGUGGUGGUGUGGCAGGGGGAGGUGUUGACAGAAUCAGCUGGCGCAGUGACAUUUUCGUGCUCGCAACUGGCGUGUAACGUGCGCUGAAAGCUCGCCGAUUCAAACCUGGUCAGCUUUCAGCGCAAGGCGGAACGCAGCUGGUCCAGUAGUAUUUUGGUAGACCGGCGGCGUAUCGACAUACGUCACUGAUGCCUCACCGGCAGGUUUCCACAGUGUCAGGCACAUUUCAGUGCAAUAAAUAAUGAUCAACAACUAUUAAUCUGAGUCAGCACAUACAUUUAGAUCUAUAUCGAUAUAUUCUGAUCUAUAUCUGAUCUGAUGAGCGCGUUUGGCACGCGUUUGGACACACAACCUGACCGAAUCAAUACAGCUGAAACUGCAUCAAAUUAAAUUAAAUAUCUAGUAAAUAAAUACACAUGAUGAAGUUAACAAGAUAUGUAAUGUGUCUCCCUCCUUUUCUUUCUUCCUCUUCCUCUUAUUUCUCGCACAGCUCGACCUGGACACGUCUCCGUGUCCUCUGUCCGUCUUCCUGCUGCUGCUGCGGCUGAACAGAUGAUUUGUUUCAGUGCUCAGAUGCGUUAUCUACUUUAAGCCGACAUACGGAUAUUAUAAUAUUCAGUUUUGUGAGCCAAAUUUAUUUUAUAUGCCAACAUCUAUGAGAGAAAGAGCCAGGCCACGGAGCGUGAUGCGUCAUUUACGCACAGAUGGUUCCGAUUUUAAUGCCUUUUUGGAGUUUAUGUUGUGAUCUGUGCGCUCAACCCACCUUUGUCACGUGAGGUUUGAAUAUAUGCAACUUUAUGUGAGUGUCUUUAUUUGUGGAAAAGGGUGUUUGUCUUACCAGUGGGUCCAACAUUACGCACACCAAAUCCAUCUGUGCUCAGAUGAGAGAGUGUGGAGGACACUUGUUGAGCAGCUGCCCUCUGUCGCCAUCGUGUGGCAUAACCGUCUUCAGACAUCUCUUGAUCUCUUUGACUACUUCAUGAAAAUAGUAAUACGCCUCGCCUGUGGCGGAUUUAAAGGCGAGGAGAGGAGCUAAUGUGAUUGGUGAAAACAGGUCUCGGCUGUGUUAAACCCCCUAUACGCCCUCUCUCCUCCCUGUCUAUGAUUUAUGCUGCCGGGAGGAGCUGAGUUAGGGAGGGGGGAUACUUACGCCGGGCUGCGCGGCUCACCAAAAUACCAAAAUGUGCUUGGGAACGCCUUGUCAGCGCGGCGGAUCUGAUUGACUCUGCGCUUGCGGCACGUCUCCGGCGAGGCACCAAAAUAGAGCCCCCUCUCUUCUGUCUGACAAAGAGGAAAUCUGCAGAUUGAAGGCUGCUCUCGAGAAGGCUGAGGAAGAUCUGAAGAAGCAGAACCAGCAGGUGGAUGUACUCUCAGGAAAAGAUGGGUCCAGGAAGAUUAGAGCUUCUCUCAACCAGGCCCAGAAAGACCUGAAGAAGAAAAACAAACAGUUGGAGGAAGAGAGAGCAUGUGUCCUCUUCCUCAAGGGGGAAAAUGGCAAGUUAAAGGACGCCCUAGCCAAGGCUCAAGAGGAAGGCUCAAGUUAA